AUUCCUUCUUAUCGCUGUGGAAUCCACAUUUCCCCUUUAUUCCCCUGCUCUUCCCAUUUCGUGUUCUAUUCAUUACUUACUUUCUCCACCCUAAUUCCCUCAUAUUAUUACACUUUUUUUAAUUUAAAAAACUGCAAUUUCAAAAUUAUUAGUAUUUAACAAUAAUAUUAGCCAUAAACAAAUUUGAUCAUCCAAAGCGAAUGACGCUGGAAUUAGUACAGACACACAUACAUGUAGAAUGCAGUACUGACACAUUCAGAUAGAUAGAUCCACAUUGAAAGUAGCGUUAGACUCAAGCUCACUUUCUUUAUUCUUAAUCCCCUCUUUCCUUUUUUUUUACUUGGUUUAUUUCAUUGAGCAAACAGAAAAAUACUAGAAGCUUCUUCCGCAUCAUGGGAUGCACGCAAUCCAAGAUCGAGAAAGAGGAGACGGUGACGAGAUGCAAGGAUCGGAAGCACCAUAUGAAAGAAGCUGUCGCGGCACGCAACGCCUUCGCCGCCGCUCAUUCUCUCUACACCAUGGCGUUGAAGAACACCGGCGCUGCUCUCAGUGACUACGCCAACGGGGAGUUUCAGUUGUCCACGUCAUCCUCGGGUCCGGCCGUCGCUGCCGGUGUGAUUCCGCCGGUUUCGCAGCCGUCGUAUGAUUCUCUUCCUCCGCCGCCGCCGCCGCUGCCGAAUUUCCCGCCUGCUCCGCUCCAGAGGGCGGCGACGAUGCCGGAGUUUUCGAUACCGAAACCGGAUUUGCCGAGAUCCGACCCGAUUAUUGAGGAAGGUGAGGAGGAUGAGGAGGACGAGGAGGAGGAGAAUUUGUACGAGGAGAGUGGUCAUGAUUUGAAGCAUCGGAGUACGAGGAGUGCUGGGGGUGGGGUCCAGAGUGGGAAGAGUAGUGGUGUUGAAUUGCCGGUGAAUCCGCCGGUGGCGGUGAGGAACCGGGAGCCUCCGCCGCCGCCGAGCCCUGAGAUGAAUGGGAUGUCGUGGGACUUUUUCUUCGCGCCGAUGGAGAAUGUGCCUAAUCCGAGCUUAGCGGAGGUGGAUGAGGGGAGAAUUGAGAGGGAGGAGAUGGAGAGGAGGGCUUUUGAGGAAAGGGCUAGGAUGGCUGAGGCAGCUGAGAGGAAAGCUAAGGAGGCUGCUGCCGAAAAGGCGGCCAAAGAGAGGGAAAGGGAAAAGGAGAGGGAAAGAGAGAGGGAGAGGGAGCUGGAGUUGCCACCGCAGCCACCUCCACCAGAGGCAGCUGCUAAGGUGGUGAAGAAAGUGAGGCAUGUGGCGGCUCCAAUGGACGUGAAGAGAAGUGGGAAGGGUGGUGGUGGAGGUGUGAAUUUGUUGCAGGUUUUUAGUGAUAUUGAUGAUUGUUUUCUAAAGGCCUUUGAGAGUGCCCAUGAGGUUUCCAAGAUGUUGGAGGCCAAUAGGUUGCAUUACCACUCUAAUUUUGCUGAUAAUAGAGGUCACAUUGAUCAUUCUGCGAGGGUCAUGCGUGUCAUCACGUGGAAUAGGUCUUUUCGAGGUUUAAUAAAUACCGAGGAGAAGGAUGAUGACUUUGAUUCUGAAGAGCAUGAAACACAUGCUACAGUCUUGGACAAGAUGCUAGCAUGGGAAAAAAAACUUUAUGAUGAAGUCAAGGCAGGAGAGCAGAUGAAACUUGACUAUCAAAAAAAAGUUGCUUCACUGAACAAAUUAAAGAAACGUGGUGCCAGUACUGAAUCACUGGAAAGAGCAAAAGCAUCAGUCAGUCAUCUGCAUACAAGAUAUAUUGUUGAUAUGCAAUCGAUGGAUUCAACCGUUUCGGAGAUAAAUCGUCUUCGUGAUGAGCAACUCUACCCAAAACUUGUAGCACUUGUUGAUGGGAUGGCUACAAUGUGGGAGACAAUGCAAAUGCAUCACCAAAGCCAGCUAAGAAUUGUACAGGCCCUACAGUCUCUGUUCAUCUCCGAGGAGGCUGCAAAAGAAACAAGCGAUCACCACCAUGAACGUACAGUCCAGCUGUGGGGAGUUUGUCAAGAGUGGCAUUUACAGUUUGAGAAGCUUAUGGGACAACAAAAACGAUACAUUAAAGAAUUAAGCAACUGGCUGGGAAUAAAUCUCAUUCCUAUAGAUAACAACUUGAGGGAGAAGGUUUCAUCUCCUCAAAGGCCCCAAAAUCCUCCAAUUCAGAAUCUCCUCCACGUCUGGCAUGAUCACCUUGACAAGCUACCAGAGGAGCUUGCAAGAACUGCUAUAUUUAACUUUGCAGCUGUAGUGAACACUAUAAUGCAGUAUCAAGAAGAAGAGAUGAAACAAAGGGACAGAUGUGAGGACUCACGAAAGGAACUAUCUCGCAAACAGCAACAGUUAGAGGAUUGGUAUAACAAGCAAAUGCAGCGGAGAACAGCGCCAGAUGAAAUGGAUGCAGAUAGUGGAAUAGAUAGAGAUCACAUUGCAGAGCGGCAGUUUGCUGUAGAUGUAGUAAAGAAGAGGCUGGAAGACGAGGAGGAAGAAUACAGGAAACUGUGUAUUCAAGUCCGAGAAAAGUCUCUAACAAGUCUAAAAACUCGUUUGCCAGAGUUAUUCAGGUCAAUGACAGAGUUUUCUUAUUCCUGUUCAGAAAUGUACAGAAACUUGAGAUCGGUGUCCAUUGCUCGCAAUUUAAACGGGAUUUCAUAGUGUAAGACUGUAGGUUUUUUGUAUUUUAUGUUCAAUAUAAUCUCUCAUAUACUGUAUAAUUUUUGAACUACAUGUUCUUGA